CCACCAUCGAGCACACAACCAUCUUUAGACAAGCACAAAAGUUGUCUAUCUCCGACUUGGAAUCCCCUUUCCUCCUCCUCCACUCUCUCUUUGCCCAGACGACGCCUCAAAAUCCCAAAGCUAAAUCGGAUCUGUCGGUUCGACCGGUUCACUCGGCAGUUGAAAGUCACUUGGGUUCACUCUCGUCAAAUGAGUCAUAACAUGACUUUGAAAUUCAUCAAAUACGAUGAAUAAUGUGGAUGAGAGCCAUUUUGACAAUAUUCCUUCCCUUCCCUUCCCUUUCCUUCCCUUUUAAAACGCUGCACUCACUCCCUCCUUCAACAAGGACAACGGAAACAGCAUGGAGGAGGUGUGGGAGGGCAUCAGCCUCAGCUCUCUUCAUCAGGACAAGCCUUCCACCCCUUCUUCCCUCUCCGUGACCGCCGCAGCCGCCCCUUCUUCCCUGACCUCUGUCGGGGGCAUGGUCCUCCAAGACUUCCUGACCAGAGGGAGCCCGAAGGUCGGCCGAGACGGGGAAGGCCACCGCAAGCCGAGCAAGGAGCCCCCCGAGCCGAAGCAGCAGACGCGCGGCGUCGAGCGGCAGCGGAAGCGGAUGAUGCACAACCGCGAGUCGGCGUCGCGGUCGCGGGCGAGGAAGCGCGCGUACAUGGACGAGCUGGAGAAGGAGGUGGGCCGGCUGCGGAGCGAGAACCGGGCGCUGAGGGCGCAGAACGAGAAGCUGCAGAAGGCCGUGGAGGACCAACUCUGCGUCGCCACGAAGCGAACCCUGCAGAGAACGUUGACGGCGCCGUUUUGAGGAAUGAACUAUAUAGCCUAAUGAUCUACGAUGAUGGCUUUCUAAAUUUGGUCUUGUAUAGUCUUCUCUCGAAAAUGGAUGACCUCGAGUGGUGCUUUUAAGUCAGUAUUGAAUCCGCUAUCGGGUUUGGUUGAUUCGAUGUCAGUGGGUCUUUAUUGGUUUACUUGCAUGGAUAAGCAUAAGGGAGAGGGAGUGUAUCUAACUAAGCAAAUGGUUCGUGUAAUUUGCUUCUUCCCUCUUUUCUCUUCCAUCCAUGUAAACUUAACAUGUGACGCGGUAAUUUAACGAAUAAAGAGUUCAGCUCUGUUUACUAGAA